AUGGAGGUGGUAGUGAAGAAGCAUGAGCUCGUCCGGCAGCUCCAGUUCCCUCCGGGCUUCCGCUUCGUGCCGACGAAGGAGGAGCUCAUCGACGUCUACCUCCGCUGCAAGAUCGAGGGCCGGAAGCCGCCUCUCGACGUCGUGAACGAGGUCAUCAUACUCGAAUGGCAGCCCGGAAGACUCGUCGAGGCGUACAAAGGCUACGGGGAGCACAAGUGGUACUUCUUCACGGCGAGGGAGCCGUCGUCGUCGAACAAGGAGAAGGAGCCGAACCGGAAGGUGCGGGUGCCGGGCGUCAACGCGACAUGGAAGGCGACGGGGAGCGUGAUGAACAUCCGCAGGAAAGGCAAGGACGACAAGGUGGUCAUUGGGACCAAGAGGGUCCUCAUCUACCACUCCAGCGAUGCUGAUGAGGACGGCAAGUGGACCAUGCACGAGUACGUCUCCAAAGAGCACUCCGAGAUAGGGCAGUAUUCCCUGUGCUCGAUACAGAGGAAGCAGCACUCGGAGACAGAGGACAGCGCCGGCGAAGCCAGCGGAAGCAGCAAGCCCAAGAGGAAAACCACCAACAUGGAGACCGCCAAGACGACAAAGAGAAAGAAGGAGGCUUCAACGCAAGCGGAAGGAGCGCAGCAACAGCAGAAGCAAGAGAAAACACCCCGUGUGCCCCGGAAGACCUCGAAGAGAAAGAACAUGGCGGCUUCAACGCAAGCUGAAAGAGCGCAGCAGCAGCAGCAGCAAGAGAUGACACUUCAUAAUAAUGUACCCGCCGAGCCGCCAUUGACGCUGCCCGAGCAAGCUCACCAGAUGCUGCAGCAAGAACAGCCGUCGUUGGGGUUCCAUCAGACGAUCCCCCCCGCCGUGCCACUGCAGGGAUACCCUCACCCAGAUGGAAUCCCUCAGCUUGGAGUUUAUACGCCGAUGCAUGCAGGACACGCACUCGCGCGCAGCUUCCAGUGCAGCGACAUGGCCCAGAUCCUCAUGCAGAACCAUCCCGCGCUCUGGAACCAGUGGCAGCAGCCACGGAGUUUCACCGGGAGUCCGUUCAUCUCACCGGACGGCAACGUUGAGAACGUUCAGUACCAGGUCUACCAACAAUGUGAGAAUUACGAUGGGUUUGGAGCACCGGACCAGCGUCUUCACACAGGGCAGCACCUGGGCCAAAAUCUUGAUGUCUUCUCGAGCGAUAUCACACAAGACAGCAGCAACAUUGAGUAUGGACCGUAUGGUGGGUAUCAGCUCUACCAGCAAGAGAAUAUCGGUGCUCAAUAUUACGAGCAGCAGGGGCAUGGCGAUGGCGGUGUGUUUGCACAGACAGGCACAGGCCAUGGUUCAUCAGCUGACGGACAGUUCGCCGAGAGAUUAGCUGAGGAUGAUGAUGAUGUUGCUAUUGCUACCAAGCAGGGUGACGAUAAUGUGGCGUUUCCUGCUGAUGAAUUCUCUAUGGAAUCAUUCGUUGAUAGCUUACUGGUUAAUGAUGAUCCUCAAGACAAGGUGGACAGCAAUGGAGCCUUGCAGAGUCAGCAUGAGCUCCACUGGUCCACAGGCCCUGUGGACAACAGCAGCAUACUGCCAAUGGCCACGUGUGCAGUGGGCCCUCCUCUAGCUGUGAAGUCUGUCCGUGCAUGA